AUGUUCAGGAAAAUCAAUAAUGUGUUCCGUCCAAACCAACAUGGAAACAGAGGACGGCAGUCGGGAGAUGGGCUCCAGGCUGAGCUUGACUACCACAAAGCCUGCACAGUCCGGCUGGUGCGCAGCACCUCCAUGCUGGUGGUGGGAGAGAAAACCCAAACCGCCACCGGCUCCACUUUAAAACGGAGCAAAAGCACAGUGAGCAUUGAGUCUACUUUGUACUUCUAUCAGCGACGGGAGGACAGGAUAUGGCUGUACUCGCAGAAUCAGAACUGUCUGGAGUACCUUGAGGCGCUCGUGGCUCUGAGAAGGCAGUACACGAAGAGCGUGAGCGACCUGAAAAGCAACGACUCAAAGGCCACGGUGACCACCAAGAAGAAGCCCGCACCCCAGCCACCCUCUAAGGACAAACCGAUAUCCAGAGCCAAACCCUCAGCACCCUCUGUUCCCAAUGAGGAGGACACUUUGCAGUUCUUUGACUCGGUCAUCUCCAGCUGUGACAACGAACCCCAGCGCAAACCUUACAGCGAUGAUGGGAAUGCAGAUGUGGAUUUUAUAGUGGCCUCCAGCUCUGCUGAGCACGACCUCCACUCCAACUGGGUCCUGAGGGUCCCUCGGGCUGCAGGAGAUCCCGACCAGAGGGUGGUUGACGACUGUGCCAAUAAAAGUGUUCGAAAGAAGAAAAACCAGCACGGGUCCACGAGCAGCCGGCUGCACCUGCAGAGGAACCCGAUCCAUCUGCCCAAAGUGGUGGCCAGUGCAUUCCAGACCCUGCGCUUCAAGCCCAAAUUGAAAAAGCACUGAAGCCUG